ACACCCUAGCUCCAUCUCCGUUUUCCCCUUUUGCUGCUUUCAACUUCAUCCCUAAUCGACACCACCCAAGCUCUCCUGGCCCCUCUCUUGAUUCGGCAGCCGCACAUCUGCCUGAUUUCUCCCUCUACGUUCUUCUGCAACCAGCUAGCUGUUCCCUAGCCGCCUAAUGGAGAAAGCAUCCAGAGCGAAGCGAAGAACGGGGUCGCAUACUAGCUCCUAAAUUUUCAUUUUUGAAUUUUCUUAGUCCGCAAAUGCAAAGCCGUCCUCUAGAAACUCCGAUCUGACAACCCGCAUCCGCCGUUCGCCGGCUGUCAACCACCUGCAAGACAAGACAUAUGCUCCGCUGGCAACUUAUGUCUGCUGGCCUGAGCCACAUGUCCAUUACCUUCCAGGUGCAUAAAUCCACUAUCUUUCUAUCUCAAUCUCUUUCUAACACUUUACAAACCCUAGUUCACUUCGGUCUCCCCCGUUUUUGUCAGAAGCGGCAUUCCUCUUCCUACACUUCUUCAAGUCCUAGAAGCUUCGAGUCUUUGAAUCAGUUCUUGCCAUUUUGCAAUUCUAACAAUACUGCAGAUUCUUUAGUAUUUAUUAAUUCAAAUGAACGGCGAAAAGUGAUUGUUGGGUUGUCAAAGAUCAUCAAAGGAGAUCAAGGAUACAUAUUAUUGGGAUUUUCUCGAAAGUUUUGUCCGUAUUUUCUGGUAAAGAUCUUAAAAUUGUUAGAAUCCAGAGAAACGGCAUUUGCAUUCUUUAAGUUGUCAUUUAGGAAUGAUUCUGUUAGUCUUAUGAGGUCUUCAUGUGUUGCUGCGCAUAUUUUAGCAGCAGAGAAACUUAGAUUUUUGGCGCAGGAUAUGGUUUCCUGGAUGAUUAGGAGAAUUGGGGAAUCUAGGAGUGAUGAAUUGGUGGAUUUUAUGUGGGCAAGUCAUCAUGAAUAUGAGUCAGAUUUCUCAGUUCUUGACACACUUAUGCGAGCUUUCUUGAAUGCUGACACGAGUUCUCCAGCACUGGAAAUUUUGGUAAGGAUGAGAGAGUUGGGUUUGAGGCCGAGUUUGUCAGCAAUGGUGAUUCUCUUCAAGCUGUUGAUUAGGACUGGGGAUUAUGGUAGCGUGUGGAAGCUGUUUAGGGAUAUGGUUCUGAAAGGGCCUUGCCCUAAUAAUUACAUUUUCAAUGUAAUGAUUCUUGGGUUUUGUAGAAAGGGUUUACUUAGUAUUAGCGAGAGUUUGCUGCAUUUGAUGGGGAAGUUUCGGUGCAAUCCAGAUGUUUAUACGUAUAAUAUUGUAAUUAAUGCUUACUGCAAUGCUGGACAGACAACAGAUGCGCUUGCUUGGGUAUGUUUGAUGGUUGAGAGGGGUUGUAAACCAAGCAUUGCUACUUUCUGUACUCUUCUUAAUGCCUUCUGUAGUGUGGGAAAUAUGAAGGAAGCUGUGGAUGUUUUUGAUAUGAUUCAAUAUGUGGGUCUUUCUCCAAAUAUUGUAGCUUAUAAUACCUUGAUGAAUGGGUACAUUAAGGCAAUGGAUGUUGGUAAGGCAAAUGUGCUUUAUGAAGAAAUGAAAAAGAAUGGCGUAGCACCUGAUGGUGUAACUUUUAAUAUUUUGGUUGCAGGGCAUUACAAGUAUGGGAUGGAGGAGGAGAGAGAUCAGUUGUUGAGGGAUUUAUCAGCACUAGACUUGCUUCCAGAUUGUUCAUUGUAUGAUAUUUCAAUUGCAGGGUUAUGUUGGGCAGGUCAUUUGGAUGAGGCUAUGGAAGUUUUAGAGGAGAUGCUUGAGAAAGGGAUGACUCCAAGUAUUGUUGCUUUUAAUUCAGUUAUUGCAGCUUAUAGCAGAGCUGGCUUAGAAGAUAAUGCAAAUGAAGCCUAUAAAAUUAUGGUCAAGUUUGGUUUGACUCCAUCAUCCUCCACAUGCAGUUCCUUGCUCAUGGGCUUGUCUAGGAAGGGGAGGCUCCAGGAUGCUAGGGAGCUUUUGUUUAAGAUGACAGAGAAGGGAUUUUCCAUUGCCAAAGUGGCAUUUACCAUGCUCCUGGAUGGAUACUGCAGGAAGGGAGAUCUAGCAGGGGCACAAAAUCUGUGGAAUGAGAUGGAAGGGAGAGGAAAGUUCCCUGAUGUUGUUUCCUUUUCAGUCUUUAUUGAUGGGCUGUCUAAAGCAGGUCUAAUUGAGGAGGCCUAUGGUUUGUUUCAAGAAAUGUUGAGGAGAGGACUUAGACCAAAUAAUUUCACAUAUAACUCUUUGAUUGGUGGUUUUUGUGACUGUGGGAACCUGGACAAAGCAUUAAAACUGGAAGAAGAGAUGAGGGAAAAGGGUCUUCUUCCAGACACUAUUACCUUCAAUAUUAUCAUUAGUGGUUUUUGUAAACAGGGUAGUAUGAAGUUGGCAAUUGAGGCAUUUAGGGACAUGCAAGAGAAAGGGUUGGUUCCAGAUAUUGUAACGUACAACACAUUGAUUGGUGGGUUUUGUAAGGCAUUUGAUAUGGUUAAGGCUGAUGAGUAUAUGAAUAAAAUGUCUGCAAGUGGGUGGGACCCAGAUAUUACAACCUAUAAUAUAUGGAUUAAUGGUUUUUGUAAUAGCAGAAAGAUGACUAGAGCUAUGAUGAUGCUAGAUGAGCUUAUUUCAGCUGGUAUUGUUCCCAAUACAGUGACAUACAACACUAUGGUGAAUGCUGUUUGUAGUGACAUACUAGACCGUGCCAUGAUCAUAACUGCAAAAUUGCUUAAGAUGGCCUUUGUUCCAAAUAUCAUUACAACUAAUGUAAUAUUGUCCCACUUCUGCAAGCAGGGGAUGCCUCACAGGACCUUAAUGUGGAGUCAGAAGCUAAGUGAAAUUUCCUUCAAUUUUGAUCAGGUCUCCUAUAAGAUAAUGGACAGAGCCUUUCAUAGUGCACAAGAAAAUGCCGAAUAUUUCAGAGGAACAUCUGGAAAGAGCCUCUUUCUGGAUUUCCUCAUGUAUAUCACAUAUGAUUUCUUUUCUAGAAACAGACCUGGACAGAAAAAGAGUCCAAAUAUCCUUGAACUGAUUGCAAAUGGUUCAAGUGGCUCCUGAAAUUAACCAAAGGAAUGGGUUUUCAACGUUUCAAUCAUUGAGAUCUUUGCCAUCUUAUGUACUCGUGAAUGCUUGAUUAGCAUAUAUGGUGUUCUCAAGAUCACUAGAAGCUGGUUCAUUCUCUUCUCAAUCUCUCUGAAUAAACUGGCACAGCUUAAACAAUUAAACGAUCAACUUACAAGAGUGAAAUAGUUAGCUGUUCCUGAAUUUGGAAGUCCGCAAGGGUGGGAAGCUCGAGCAAUCACUGCUGCCUGUGCAGCGAAUUCUAGUGCAAAUGAUCCUUCUAAACCUUCUCAAGGGCUGGGGUAUGGAGUAACACCAACGCCAUUUCUUUGAGACACAAAGGUGGAGGUUACCUUUACUGGUGUUGGAAGGUAAGGAAGGGGAUGUUAAGCCUGAAAGUGCAUGGAUGUGAAACUCACGCCACCAUGGAUGACGAAGGAAGGAAUAAACCUUACAAAUGGACGAGGAGAGGUCAAGAAGAAAACAAAGAUGGAUGGUGGUUCAGCUCAAGUGGAUUCUUCGGAUGACUUGAAGUCAACUGUUCGAAAUGGUGAAGGGCAGAACAUUUAGGUUUCUGCAAUGAGAUGAAACUUUCCUUCUAUUCUGUGUUAUUAUAUUAGAAGAGCGUGAUACUCAAUUUAGAUGAGGGAGUCUCAUCUAACACAUUCUUACUUCAUCCAGAAUCUUAAUCUUUAAAUUGUGAACAGAUGCAAAUUGAAGAUUUAUUUAAAUUGUGAACACUCACGCAUAAGGUUCAUCUUAAUCUUAAGAUUAAGAUUCAGUCUCAUCUGUUAUGCAAAUGUAAUCCAUAUAAUGUUAGAACAAUCUAAUUUCAUUUGAUUAAUAAAUUUGUGUUCUUUCA